CGGUUCUCUGCGCGUUCACGAGAGUGGGACAGACGAGAGGACAGAAGGCGGCAGGAAGACAAAUAAAGCCCGAUAAUAGACACUUCUCUAACUCGUAAUAACAAAUCCCACCGAAAUGUCAGAGGAAAAGCCAAAGGAGGGAGUAAAGACGGAGAACGAUCACAUCAACCUCAAGGUUGCGGGGCAGGAUGGGUCAGUGGUCCAGUUCAAAAUCAAAAGGCACACACCUCUCAGCAAGUUAAUGAAGGCGUACUGUGAACGGCAGGGGCUCUCGAUAAGGCAGAUCAGGUUCAGGUUUGAUGGCCAGCCCAUCAAUGAGACGGAUACACCCGCACAGCUGGAGAUGGAGGACGAAGACACUAUAGAUGUUUUCCAGCAGCAGACAGGCGGGACCUGCUAAGCCCGACCCACCUCGUUUAUGGCCAUCUACAUACCACGCCCUCAAACAUCCUCACUGUCACCCCUCUCCCUACUUCUCCUCAGCUUAUUAUUAUUAUUGUUAUUAUUAUUAUUGUUAUUAUUUCCUCCAUAGUUUAAAGAUGUUCAUGAUAUUUUGCCUGAUGGGGGCUCGUUAGCUGUUUAUGUACUGUUUCCAGUCGGAGCUGAACUUCUGUGUGUCAGCAGUCUUCCUGUUGGGCAAUCGGGGAAACCUUUCCCUUCUGGCCUUGCAGGCUGUAAUUGGACCAACAGCUCCUCACAGCCCCUCCUGGUUGGCAACGCUUCAAGUUCACUGUCUAGUGAAUGCUUAGAAUCCACUAGUUUUUCACGGUUUUCAUCCGUUGUUGUACAACGCUCUGCAAGUUUUUCGUCAGACUCUGUGGGCUGAAAUUGUUUUGAAGUGGAAGCAGUGUCUGAACUUGACAUACAACCUGUUUUCCAUUUCACUUUGCUUAUUUUGUGUGCAUUCCCCCCAGCCCCUCCCAAAAAAGUGUUGUUUUUUUUAAAUUAUCCUUGCAUUUUAGAUGCAUCUGCUUUUUUUUGUACUUUGCCUUUUGUUUUAAGAAUUAACACUCAUGGGGCUUUGUGUAUUUUUUCUUCUUUCUGUACAGAAGUAUCACAGUGAGUGUUAGAUAAAUAUGAGGCUCGGAAAAUGUAUCCAAAGACAGAAUGCCAGUUUCAUAUGUGACGUACAUCUCAGUUGAAAUCAAAGUCAAAACUGGUUAAUUUAAAGGUAGAAUACGCAAAUGUUUUUGGUUCUUCUACUAAUUCAGAGAGAUUUUGGGCAUCGGUGGUGCAGAUUGUUAUUGGCUCAGUCAGGAAAAUACUUGUUCAGGGGGACAAAGUUGCUUCCUACCAUUUAGGUGCGUCAGUGGUUGGAAUAACACAGUGUUUAGCCAUGCAAGGAUAGUCUCCUGAUGUGGAACUCCUAUUUUUUAAAAUAAUUUUUUUUGGACCCCUAUUUAUCUUGUGAUGAAGCGGGCAGCGAUUAGUCCCUGUGGUAGAUGGUAAACUGGAAGUAGGAGGUGUUUUGGGAUCAGCUGUCUCAUUUGUGUAUUGUUGUGGGCUGAUGGGGCUCACCCUUGACAGGCUCUGAUGAUGAGGGGCUUCCAGUUUAACCGGGGAUAUCAGACACAACCAGAGUCCGAUGCUUGUCAUCAGACAUUUUUAUUGAUAUAUUAACUGCUGAGAUUGUCAUUUGCUCAUGUGUGUACAAGUAAGUUUGGGGUUCUUCUCUAUUUUACGGUUGGGAGAGAGAGAUAUCAGAAGAACAGCGAGGUGAGCCGGUGGAGUUUGGGAGAUAAUUGUUCUUUACCCACCGGGCCUUGUUUUUAAUUGCGGCGUCACCAAGUUUGGCUUCAUUUGAUUCUUGAAAGUCGCAACAACAAACGUGACUUUCUUUUUUCAGUGCAGUCAGAAUAAAAUGUGUCUGAAGCAGAAAGAUUUUCAGCUUAAAUCCAGCGAGAACUGCAAGCUUAUUUACAGUUUUACCGUGAAGUUAAGUUGCUUUUCGUACAAAAAGGCUACGCCUUUCUCUUUAGGCACAGAUUGACCAGUGUUACAAUGACUGAAUGGGUUUAAAUGAUAUCCUUAAUAGACAAUAUGGAAAAAAUUAAAACCAAUCAUGUUAAAAAUUAAAAAAUAAAAAUAAUUUUAAAGUCCUUUAGUUUUUCUUGGCCAAUGUUUUUGUUUUGUUCAAUAUUUUUUGGGGGGGUUCUAAGUAAUAGACAAGAGUCAAUGUUGAUAUUCAGACAGUGUUUUUAAAAACUACUAUCUAUACUUGUCAUCUCGAAGCAUUAAUUUUCCUCUCCACUUUGACCAAUGAAAAUACAUUUUUAUCUGACACUCCAACCCUCAACCUUCCUCUGUCAUUAACAAGCAUCUCUCAGAAAUGGUGUGAUACAGAGACACCGUGAAGCUUUUGUGCUACAGGUCUCUGCAUGAAACAGUCACAAAUGGUGAAUUCAGCUUACAUCAAAUAAAAUAAGAGCACAGUUGUAAACGCCAACAGAUCAGCCUUCCCCCUCCCUGCAUUGAAGGAAACAAGUUAGCUGGACAGAGGUCUUGGCAUUCAGCUGAACUACAUUGUAAUGUAUGAAGAACGGGGUCCAGGUCUCGUCAUGUUAUGUUUCUCUACUGAUUUGUACAUUAUUUGUGGUCUUUUACUACUGUAUACAAUAAAUAUAGUUUGGUACUCAGA